CAGUACAAGACGCAUUCUCUUCUUUCUCUUCCAUUUAGCCCCCAGAUUUUUUUUUACAGCAGCACCACCACCGCCACCUCCUCCUUCCAUUUCUCUCCUUCUCAUUCACCCCAUUUUAGGGUUUUUCUCCAUCCUUUUCUUCAUCUUACGCAUUAUAUAUAUAUACAUGAAAUAUAUUAUAUAACUGUUUUGUUCCCUUUUUUUCAAUGGCUACAGCACCUGUUAAACCUCAACAGCUUCAUAACUUCCCUCUCUCGCUCAAAUGGGGCCAAACCACCACUCUCGCCACCGCCUCCACUAACAAUCACCGCAACAGUCAGUGUCUAACACCACCGCCACCACCACCACCAACAACAACAUCAACACUUGCACCCGACUCCGAAACCGAAUCCGACCCUGAACCAUCGCAAUCAGACAUCCGAUAUCAACGACAACAACAUCCUCCUCCUCCUCCUCGGGUCGGAUCCCGUUCAGCCCGUGUACAGCGGUUUUCAUUCAGCCCAUGCGCUACACUCCUACCUAAUCAAGUGAAAAACUCUCCAACUGCAAGCCCGCAGAAAUCGGAAGGUGGAAACGCCACCGUUUUGGACGAAGGAAACAACAACAAGAAGAAGGAAGUUGUAGAAGAAGAGGAGGAAGGAGAGAAUUCAAGGCCAUGGAAAUUAAGGCCAAGGAAAGGAAUACUGAGCGGAUUCAAAGAAACGACGACGUUUCAAGUGAAUGAUCAUCAACAACAGAAGGAAAACUCAACUCACUUUCAGCCGCCAAAAUCCGCGAGAUUAAGAGGAUUAGUAGAGUCAUCAUCAACAGCAUCAGGAGUAUUAGGAGUAGGAUUAGGGUUAGGAAGCGGCGGUGUUACUGUUGAGAAGAAGGAGAAAUUGAAAUUCUGGAUAUCUUUAUCGCGUGAAGAGAUUGAAGAAGAUAUUUUCAUUAUGACAGGCUCUAGACCUUCUAGAAGACCUAAGAAACGUCCUAAGAACGUACAGAAAGCUCUUGAUAAUACGUUUCCUGGAAUGUGGUUGGUGGGUACUACUGCUGAUUCUUACAGACUAAUUGAUCCUCCGGUUAAGAGGUGAAAAAAAGGGGGGCGAUUGCUAUAUACUCUUGGGUUAUAAUCACUGAAAUUUGUAAAGAUGGAGAAAUGGAAGAGGUAAACAAAAAAGUAAAAAGUGACAAAAAUUGAUAUUGAAAUUUACAUGUUACUGCUUCUUGUGGUUUUAUGCAGGAGGCGUAAGUUAGUAUGUUUUAUUUUUCAUUUUCAGUAGUAGUUUUUAAUGUGUAAACAUCAUCAGAAAGACAAAUUUAAUAGGCGAUUACAUCAUGAGCGGAGUUUAAAAUUUGGGUGGAGAAGUUUUGUGAUUUA